UUUCCCAGACACACACAUACACGGAUAGACACGGACAAACACACAUUCAGUUUCUCACCAGACUCUUGAGACACACAGGCAGCAGCGGAGAAGACGAACCGAGACCUCAGACAACUGGGAGCAAAUCUAAAAGCACCACCAUGGGGAAAGGAUGCAUCACGGUUACCAAGUACUUUCUAUUCCUCUUCAACCUCCUCUUCUUUAUCUUUGGAGCACUGAUCAUGGGAUUUGGACUGUGGGUUCUCUUCGAUAACCAGAGCUUCAUUGCUGUUCUACAGGAAUCGUCGCACACUGUGAAAGUGGCUUCGUACAUCCUUAUCGGAGUAGGUUCCCUGUCGAUGGCCAUGGGUUUCUUUGGGUGCAUUGGAGCCAUCUAUGAAAUCCGUUGUCUCCUGGGUCUGUACUUCACCUGCCUCCUGCUCAUCCUCAUUGCUCAGAUCACUGCUGGAGUUCUUAUCUACUUCCAAAGAGAUCGGUUGAAACAUGAGAUGUCCAACAUCAUAAAGGACUUGAUCAUCAACUACACCGGCGAGAACAGGACCACAGAGCACACCUGGGACUACAUUCAGAAGACGAUGAAAUGCUGCGGAUGGACAGGUCCAGGCAACUGGUCUCAGAACCUUUUGAUCAGUAACGGCACCAAGCUCUACUCCUGCUCCUGUCGCAACGAAUCGCUGCCUGGCACCGAAGUGAAGAGUGUGGGCCUGUGUGAGCACCUGUUGUCAGAUCCACCUGUCUAUCAAACGGGCUGCAUAACCAGCGUGGAGAAAUGGCUCCUGGACAAUUGUGGAGUUAUUCUGGGAAUCUGUGUCGGUGUGGCAGUUGUGGAGCUCCUCGGGAUGAUCCUCUCCAUGUGUCUGUGCAAGAGCGUCGUCCAGGAGGAUUAUACCAAAGUACCGAAGUACUGAGCUGAGGACAGAGCAGCUUCACUUCACACACAGAUGGAUGGAGUCUCCCUCUCUCUCCUUGCCUCGCAUUCUUACCAACACAAAUUAAGACAGCUGUCGCCACCAUUUGAGCUUCUCAUGUCCUCGCAGCUGUGCAAAUUUCUCACACCCCACAUGUCCCACACACACACACACACACACACACACACACACACACGCACUCUCAGUUAAGCUUGACACACUUGUUGGACCUAAGUUGACAAGUUACCUUAUCUUUGUCUUAUCAUUUGUGUUUAUUUUAAGGAGACAUUUCUAAUAUUUUGGUGGACGCUGAAGAAUUUUGUGGUUUGAUACUAUGCAAAUGUUCAUUUAUAUGUCGUCUUUUCUUCUCGACUGACCUCAGUGAAGCGCUUAACAUAGUGGUAGAGAGAGCACUUUAGUGAUAUUCGGCGUCUUCUGACUGCAAGGCAGGAAGAUGAGAGGGAAGCGGGAGAGUGUGGGUGGGUGCAUGUUAGACCCAUCUGAAGGAUUAAUGCCACUCUGUGAUCCUACAUCUGGUAUUUUUGGUGCAGAGGGUGGAGGGAAGGCCCAGGGCAGGGCUUCUGUGGUGAAGGUUUUGGCUUCUGUCGUCAGCUCCUCGUAGGCAGUAGCCCUGAUAUUACCCUCGUUCACACCCACCGCUACCACCUCCUCCUCCCUGCCGCUAUCCAUCAUCUGUUAGAGUCUAUAAAUCAUGUUUCUGACUUCCUUUUGGGUGUGUACGACUGGUAACCGGUAGCUCUUCAAAAAGGACCAGUUGUGCAUGAAGUAAGUGUGAGUAUGAUGUGUUGAGUGAAUAUUUUAUUUCUUUUUGUUCCUUUUUAUAUUCUUAUGUCAUCUGUUUGUUUUUUUUGUUUUUUUAAGAAUUGUAUAUAUGACUUUGGUUAAGGGCACUUCAGUGCUUUGUCAGCGUUUUAUAUGAGAAAAUCUUUCACCCACAUGCUCUUGUUUUGAGAGUCCUAUUGUUCUUUGUUUCCUCUCUAUUGUUUAUGAAGUGGAGAAUAUGGCUGCCACAGCAGCUUGUCAGCACUAUUGUGGUCUGAAUCAGAGAAAUUGGAACCCUGAGUGAAUCUGUCAUCACUCUUAAAGCCAUAUUUUCAUUUCUUGAACAUGGCAUGUUUGUGAGCAUACAACCAACCACAGCUGCUGCUCCAAACAUCUUUAUUUCUAAAAGUCUUGUUACCUUCAUAGCAGUUACAAAUGAAAACGGCAGCUGUGUGACCACAUUUCAUUUUUCCGUCUCUGCAGGAUUGUUUGUUUUCUGAGAAAUUGUUUUGCCCGGUUUAUAAUAGCCGUAACAAGAGAAGAGAAAAACACGGAUAGUCAACAGCGAUUGCAUUUUCGCAGAGACUGCUGUUACCGACUCUCCAUCAGCUCCUGCUAUCUUCUCUAAAAAUGUUUCCUCGUCCCGUUCGUUAGCCACCUCAUUAUCUCAGUCCUUCCACCUCAUUUCAGAUACACUAUUAUAGCUGAAUUUAUGGCUAAUUUAGUGGGUAGAUUGCACUUUUAUGCGGCUUGUAGUUUCUCAUGCCAUCUCACACGAGUCUUCAAAUCAUGUUCAUCAUGCUGCAGUUAAAAGGGAGGAAACUGACCAUUAAAACGGCAACAGUCGGCUUGUAUUUCAUGAUCUGCCAAAUUGAAACGUUAAUUUAACUUGAUGAAAAAUGAAGGCUUUUUAUUGUUUAAAAUAUUUUGUGUACUUGUUACAGAAAAAAAAGGUUGUGUAGUAGAAAAAACAAUUGUGUGGACCUGAAAGCCAUGUUUAGAGACUAAUUGUUUAUUUCUCUUUAUUAUUGAAAACUAUUAAUAAACCUGAACCCACUAGAA